UAAUGGGUGGAGGACUAUAAUUAAAUGGAUUUGAAAGGUGAGAGAGUAUUAUUGUGCAUUUAAUAGAUGAAAAAGUAAAAGGAGACAAACAUAAAGACGAGGAAGUAAUAAAAAGAUGAGGCGAUGGUAAUAUAUCUCUUGGGCUGGUCAAUUCUCAGCUUCAUAUACAAAUGCCCCCCAGCCCAAUACCAAACUAGGCUACCGUGAAAAGGAUACAGCCUGUGGAAGCUCCAGCAAUCGGAAAUCUGGCUCCACAUACACUGAAACGCCUAUUCCCACCGGCUAUAUCCCGACGAUCGUCCCGUUUGAUCCUGCUACCAACUGGGACAGGGAUAUCCUACCGCAGAAUGGAUCUGAACCCCUUCAGGCUAUGCUCCGGACUCAAGUUCCUCGGCUACUUUAUGAUCCUCCUCGUAUUGGGUUUAAUUGCCAUCUCCUACGAUGCAGUUAUCCUUCUUACCUGGGGCCCCCACCUGCUCGAUGGCGGCUUUAAAUCAUUCGUGUCUUUCCUUAUUGUCACUCUUUUCCAUGUCCUGCUUGUAUUGUUGACAUGGAGCUAUUUUAUGGUUGUCUUUCGGGACCCUGGCUCUGUUCCUGCAAACUGGAAAACAUCCCCGGAACAGAAUGUAGCGGAUGAGAAUUUUGUCUCUUGCACUUAUUCAGCACCGGAUAAUUCAGCUGGGCCAUCGUCUUCAGAGGGCAUAGAAAAAAGACCUGCACUAAACUAUUGCAGUUACUGCAAAAAUGGCAAGCCACCACGGUGUCAUCAUUGUUCUGUUUGUCAACGUUGUGUUCUUAAGAUGGAUCACCAUUGUAUAUGGGUCGUGAACUGUGUUGGGGCUCGCAACUACAAAUUCUUUCUCUUAUUUGUGCUUUACACGUAUCUGGAAACAAUGAUGGAUACGCUUGUGCUACUUCCUGGUUUCAUCAACUUUUUUCAACAAGCCAAGCGUCAUUCUAGUUCACCUGGGAAUCUGGCAAUCACUUUCUUGGCCUUUGUUCUUAAUCUAGCUUUUUCGCUGAGCCUCCUUUGUUUUGUAGUUAUGCAUAUAUCUCUGCUGUUGAGCAACACGACUUCAGUGGAGGUUCAUGAGAAGAAAAAUGCUGUGCGGUGGAAGUACGACUUAGGAUGGAGAAAGAACAUUGAGCAGGUUUUUGGCACUAGAAAAGCACUGUGGCCCUUCCCACUGUUCUCAAAAGAAGACUUGGAGCAGGUACCUGCACUGCGUGGUAUAGAUUUUCCAACGCGCUCAGAUAUUAAUGUCUAAAGUAUAUAUUUCAACUGGGGUCGAAGAACAUUUUCCUUCAGAUGAAUACUUGGAACAACACCUGGGAGCUUGCUUGUACGUUGGACACUGUAUUGAAGACACUAUCAAUCAACAUCCCCCGUCAAGCUGAACUUGGGGGCUGAGCAACCAAAUUUAGCUUGGAUUUCAUUGCAAGGAAUGCAGGCGCAGAUAAUGGCUUUGUAAAAAUGUCUUAUGACUUGACCAGUGGCUCUAAUGUGUGUAGGUAGCACCAUCCACUCCUUGAAUUUAUCUAGGAGCAACUGGAGGGUUUCAAAUAUACAAGAAAAUUUUUUACCUCUUUAUUGAAAAAUAGCUUGUACAGUAUCAAAUAUCAUCCAUAGUGGAAUAAUGAAUUCACAUGCCUAAGACCAUUUCAGGUAAUUU